AUGGCCCGGGAGCGCCGCGCUCGCUCGCUCUCUUGUUCUCCUCGGGGGCCGCCGGGGCCGAAGGGCGCGCGGGGCCGAAGGGCGGGGGAAGCGCGACACGCGGGGGUCUCGCGGCGGCGGCGGCGGCGGCGGCUGCGCGGGGGGAGGGGCGACGGCGGAGAGGAGGAGGAGAAGAGCGAGAGCGCCUCGCGCCGCGGGAGCGACGAAACCGAGAAGAAGGAGGGAGGGAGGAGGGGCGCGCGUCGGGAGGGAGGGCGGCUCUUGGCGGAGGGAGGCUCUAGGCGGCGAGCGGCCCGACGCGCCGCGCGUGGCGGCGCUUUGUGA